AGACAGUAUCAGCAUGACCAUGCACAGGUGUUUGCUGUCCUUUCUGUCUAUGAUCUGCGCCCAGCGGCCCUGGCACGUGGCUCUCAAGCAGAUUGGAGGGCGGUUUGGCUCCAGCGUCCUCUCCUAUUUCCUCUUUCUGAAGACUCUCCUGGGGUUUAAUAUCUUUAUGAGCCUCUUGUGCCUCCUGUUUAUUGUCACCCCUCAGGCUGUACAUCCCCAUAAUUCUUCGAACCCUCGUUCCUUCACCAGCCUGGAGCUUCUCACUGGGGCGGGCUAUUUCUCCGAUACGGUGAUGUAUUAUGGUUAUUACAGCAACGUGACCCUGAAUGAAGGCUGCUCUACCGGGUACAACAUGUCCACGUGUCAAAACCUCAAGCCUGCCUGGCUUCCGUAUCACAUGCCCUUG